UUAAUGCGCGAUUCACUGGAAGUACUUUGACUGAAUUGCAUUAAGUAAAAAAAAUACAAUACGUCAUACAUUUAAACUGGGACUUUCCCUCUUCCGGCUUCGGGUCGAAUAUCCGGCUAGUUUGCUGACUCCUGAAACGGAAGUUCAUGUAAAGGGAUUAACGUACAGAAAGAAACACGAGAUGAAAACUCUGGUUGUUUUGGUGUUUGCUCUGACUCUCCUGGGACUUGGUUCUGCACUAAAGUGCUAUACAGCAUACAGUCAGGUGAUUGAAACUCAGGAUUGCUCCACUGAAGAUGCCUGCCUGGCGGUUUAUACCGAAGGUUCUUUCCAUAAAGGGAAAUGCCUCAAGUAUGCUGAUUGCGAUUUAGAGAAAGUUCGGCAAAUGUUUCCUGGUAUUGCAAACAUGAAAUUCAGAUGCUGUACCACAAGCCUCUGCAACGCAGCAUCAUUGUCUGUGGCCAGCAACUCGCUGGUGGGAUUACUGCUUUCAGUGGCACUGUUCUCCUGGUGUUUUCUCUAAUUUAGAGUCUGCAUUAAUGAUUUUUCAAAAUAUAUUAGUUUAUUUGCACUUUAACUAGACAUGCAUUUUGUAUUUCCAAAAAAUACAUAAACAAAUCUACUUACAUUUUGAAUUUACAAAGCACUUAAGAAACUCUCAUCACGAAGACAUGCAUAUCAACGUUUAAGUAUUAAACUGUUGGUUUUAUUAACCAUUUUUUUGUUGGAAUAAGGUUCUAACGAAAUAAACAACCUGAACAAUUA